AAACAUCUUUGGCAUUAGGCAGUUGAGGCACUUGCUGGUAGCCUCUUUCUCUCUCGUCAGCCUCGGCUGAAGACGUCGGAUCAUGUCUCAUCGGAAGUUUUCAGCUCCCAGGCACGGCCACCUUGGCUUCCUUCCUCAUAAGAGGAGCCGCCGACAUCGAGGGAAAGUGAAGAGCUGGCCCAAGGAUGAUCCCAGCAAACCAGUCCACCUGACUGCCUUCCUGGGCUAUAAAGCUGGCAUGACUCACAUCCUGCGGGAACUUCACAGACCAGGACUAAAAAUCGCCAAGAGAGAGGAAGUAGAAGCUGUCACCAUAAUUGAGACUCCGCCGUUGGUGAUUGUUGGGCUGGUGGGCUAUAUCGAGACGCCGAGGGGGCUGAGAAGUUUCAAGACCAUCUUUGCAGAACACAUAAGUGAUGAGUGCCGAAGACGCUUCUACAAGAACUGGCACAAGAGCAAAAAGAAGGCAUUCACCAAGUACUGCAAGAAAUGGCAAGAUGCGGCUGGGAAGAAGCAGCUGGAGAAGGACUUGGUGUCCAUGAAGAAGUACUGCAAGAUCAUCCGUGUAAUUGUGCACACCCAGAUGAAGCUCCUGCCGAUGCGGCAGAAGAAAGCACAUAUUAUGGAGAUCCAGCUCAACGGCGGCUCUGUGGCAGAGAAAGUUGACUGGGCUUGUGAGAAGCUGGAGAAGCAGGUGGCCGUGCACAAUGUCUUCAGCCAGAAUGAGAUGAUUGAUGUCAUUGGAGUCACCAAGGGUCACGGGAUGAAAGGGGUGACGAGUCGGUGGCAUACCAAGAAACUUCCAAGGAAGACUCACAAAGGGCUGCGGAAGGUUGCCUGCAUUGGAGCCUGGCAUCCUGCCCGGGUGGGCUAUUCGAUCGCCCGGGCUGGCCAGAAGGGCUACCACCACCGCACAGAACUCAACAAGAAGAUUUAUCGCAUCAGCCAUGGGGUUCGUGUAGAAGAGGGCAAAGUGGUAAAAAACAACGGGUCCACCAGUUAUGACACAACAGAGAAAACCAUCACCCCACUGGGUGGAUUCCCUCAGUAUGGAGAAGUCAACAAUGACUUUGUGAUGGUGAAAGGCUGUGUGGUGGGUACCACAAAGCGGGUGCUGACCCUGAGGAAGUCCCUUCUGGUCCACACCAGCCGGAAAGCUCUGGAGUCUGUUGAGCUGAAAUUCAUUGACACCACAUCCAAGUUUGGCCAUGGCCGUUUCCAGACUGCCCAAGAGAAGCGGGCUUUCAUGGGCCCUCAGAAGAAACACCUGCUGAAAGGGAAGCCAGAAACUCCGGAGGAAUUAUAAAGGUGUUUCUCUGAAGGAGACACUUCUAAAUUGUCACCAAUUAUUCAAGUCUGGGGCGUUAUCAAAUAUGAGUGCAAACCUACUCUCUGUUCUUGGAAUAGUUUUCAUUAGUCUUAAGAAAAAUGAUAGCUGUGUUGAGAAAGAAAACCUAACAUUUAUAGUAAGGAGUUACAGGGGGGAUAAAAAAAAAGUCAAGCGGGCGGUUGGGAUGACAGGAUUGAAGUGGUCACCAACUUGACUAUUUUUGACUCCCACCCCCACCCAUGGAUGUCCCUGGCUGGGGGACGUUUCUGGGCAACCCAGAUAUUUGCCUACUUUUUUGCCCCUUUGGCUGGUGCUAAUAAAGGAAUUGCCAUAUUAUGUAA